CUCUCUGCUAGUCACGACCUGGAAUAAGCUUCAAGCCGCUCCUUUGUACCUGAACAUUACGGCUCGCAAUAUCGCAGCCGGAUUUAACAUUCCAGGGCUUUGGCCUUUGCGCGCCGCGAGCUCAGGGGCGGCAACGCCGAAGCCUGCGUAAGCGUCGGGUGGGAGGAGACUUCCAGACGGUUCCAGGCUUCGCCGCUUCGCUGAGCAACCGCCACAGCCGGCCAGCACUGACGACGCGGCCGUGCCUGCGCUCUCCGAGUCACGACGAGGGAUAAAACAAUUGAAGCUUCCGCAGAUUUACCAUGGCGUCCUCAUCGAAUCCCGACGCCGACGGCACCAGCUACGUCAUGCGAGACAAGACAGACGCCACGCUCGUCGGCAAGCACUGCCAGUACGAGUACUGCAACCAACUCGAUUUCCUCCCCUUCCUCUGCCAGUCAUGCGGCAAGACUUACUGCCUCGAUCACCGCACCGAGUCGGGCCACAAGUGCUCCAAUCCGGGCGCCUGGGCGCAGCGCAAGCGGCAGGCCGAACUCGCCAAGCCGUCCAUCGGCCAGGGCAAGACGCUGCGAGACCGCGUCUCCCAAAAGCCCUGCGCCUCGCCCGACUGUAAGACGGUCGUGGGCACGUCGCUGACGCCGGGCGUUCACUGCGACACGUGCAAUCGCGACUACUGCCUCAAGCAUCGGCUGAGGGAGGACCACGACUGCAAGAACCUGGUGCCCAUCGGGGCCCGUCCCUCGCCGCAGAUCGACGCCGUCGCGCAGAAGACGAAAACUACACUCGACAAGUUGCGCGCUUGGGGCUCAGCCAAGCGCCAGCAGGCCGAACGCGCCCUGCCAAAGCCGAAGCCCAGUUCCACGGCGGCGCGUCUCGCCGCCACGGCCAAGCUCAGGAAGACAGCCAAGGGUCGCAAAGACAUUUCCGAAGACAAGCGCAUCUACCUCUACGUCGAGGCAGAGGCGGAGACGGCUAAAGCCAAGCUUCCAAAGGGGGAGUUCUUCUUCUCCAAGGAUUGGGUUGUCGGUCGCUUGCUCGACGAUGCGGCGCAGCAGCUGCAGGUGCAGAACAUGAACAACAAGAGCUCCGAUGAGAGGGACAAGCUGCGUGUCUUCCACGUCGAAGGCGGCCGGCUGCUCGAGUUCAACGAGAAGAUCGGGUCGUCACUGCAGAGCGGCAACACCGUCAUUCUACUCAGGGGCGUUGGACCGCCCCCGAAUUUGAUGGAGCCAUGAGUUUUUGUCGGCGUUUAACGGGGAAGUAGUGUGGAGGCGAUGGUCAUUGUGAGGACUUGAGCAUCAAUACCCAGAUUAUAGAGGCAUGGGAAGCCGGCAUUAUUGGCUACGAGGUACAUGAAGAGCACUUCAAAUUUAAUCAGCCAUUGUGGAAUCAAAUUGUAAUAUAGAGUAGAGCACUCAUCGUCUCAAUGACCAAAUGGCCAACGGCAUAUUGAGU